AGUUAACUGUGAAAACUCAGCUCUUGAUACUUGGCUCUUCAAUCUGUAGAGAAGAAACAAGGCUAAGAUAGAAACAAACAACAGCACAAAGCCAAAAAGAAAGGCAACGAGGAAGACGUUCAAUUAAAGAUGGAGUCACCACUUAUAUAUGUUAUGUUGGUGCUUUUGAAUGUAUUUGUAUUUUCAUCAGGAGUAACACAUAAUAAGGGUAAGGAGCGAACUUACUUUUCUUGUUCCGGUGAAGGGAUCCUCACAGGCCUGCAUACAAUCAAGUUGUUCCUUACCAUGGACAAUUUGAGAGUUCACUGUUUCUUCAGAAAUGAAAAUCAAAGUCCUUCAAAGGAAAUUUUGGGUCUCUUUACAUCAGGAGGCCUUGCUCCCAACAUGAUAAUUACGAACAGUACAUUCUACGGUGGCUACUAUUUUAAAUUAACUCCGUUCAGUAAUCGUCUCGAGUGGUUAAUUGAUAUUCCUAGAGAAAACAUCACUGUAAACACAGACAUUGCAGCUGUAGAACAGUGGAUGAUAAAGAUCACAAUGCAUGAAGGAUUAAACAUUUAUGAUACUGAGGGGACCUUAUUGGAUCUUGUCCGAGAGCCUAUUCUUCAGUGGAAUCUUGGACGUGUGCUUACAGAAAUGGAGGUUAAAGAUUUAUAUCCAGAAGUGAAAGAUAUCAAAGUGACAAAGAGCCCCUGUGCCAAUGAUGUGGCUUUAAUAGGCUUUAUAAUGAAACCAUCAUCUAAUGUGGUUGUAGGAAAUGCAGCCCGGCAUUCUAUGGGAGAUGCAAUCUACAGUUAUGUAGGCAAAGGCCUUCUCCAUGCUCCCCGCAUCGAUUUUGAUAGAAGAGACGGUUUAUCCCCACUGUUUAUCUACUGUUCAACGUGGAAAACUGGAUGCAUCUCAGCUUCUCAGA